AAGGGGUCGUCCGGCGCGGACACGCCGAGACGCGCACUAAGCACGAAGCCGGCACGCCGCGACAGCGUCCGCCCAUCACCAUGUCACAGUCAUCACUGUCCCUCACGCUGCUCAUGGCUUCCAUCGGUCUUCUGGCAGCGUCGGUAGUCCCCUGGUGGUCAGAACAGGCAUUGCUCGUGGUACCACCCGUGCAGCGCCGUUCACCGCCGGCGUUGGACCUGCAGACAGCGCUUCUCGCCGCUAUGCCUCCCGGUGACCUGUGCCCGUCCCACGCCGGUGUUCGCGACCUCUGCCAGCAGUGCGCCAAGGUCACCAAGGACCCCAAGGCGUUCCGCAUGUGCUGCAGUAACACGCGUGAAGCACGUACCUGGUGUGCUAGCUUUCUCGACUUCGGUCUUAACUGAGCAUGCGCCUCCUGCAUCUAGUGCUGACGAUCCUCACCGACCGUGAUGCCAAGUAAUAGCGCGCUGCUGCCAUUGCGUUGUUUAUUUACGAUGCUUCGAUGAAUCGUACAAAACAUUCGCUAUUUUAUCAGCUUUUCUUCGCUUCAUUACCUGGCUGUUUUGUAUACUGCAAGUAUCAAGAUCAACCUUCUAUCUAUCUUCAUGUGUAUCUUGUUUUUGUGCCCUUCACGCCACCAUGAUUUCCUGAUAUUACUACUCUCUUUCCUAAGGAAGCCUUCUGCGGCCUUAACUAUUUUCCUACUCCCCCUGCUUUAUGGAACAUAAUAAAAAGCCUCUCAACAGGUUCAUC